CAUUCUACCCUCGAAAUGAGCUUCUUCUGGCUUCUAUUCUUCGUGUUCUUUGCGCCGCUGUUGUUGGUUCUAGCAUGGCUUGGUCUUUCCACCUGUCUUAGGAACCGGCGCGUGAGAUCGUAUUUCUCCGCGUCGCCCGCCGGACCGGGCAUCGACUCGUACGGUAGACACUAUCUCCGAACGAUGGUCAACACCGGACCCGCCAUGUCCGAGCAGAUCGAGCUGGACGACAUGCUGCGAGACUCGGACCACGAGGAAUAA